AGCCCGCCCCGCAGAGCUGCAGCCCGGGCUCUGGCGGUGACAGUACCAAACACACACCCUGAGCAGCAGCGUCGAUCAGCAGCGGAUCUACCGAGCUGCUGUGGACCCGGACGGGUUUGUGGGAAAAGGGGCAUUAACUACAGAAAGAACUACAGAUGAAGAAGAGUAGAUUUUUCAAGCUGCUUGCUGUUUUCAGAAAAGUUAUACAGGUCUGCACAGGAAAGGACACCGGAUUCAUGCACAGUUACUGUGUUAGGAAAUAUUGCUGUUCGGUCUGCUUGUGAAGAACAUCUUGCUUUAAGGCCAGAGUACAGGAGGAGGCUCAGAGAGGAGUGAGGUGCUGGGAUGAGAGCUCACUGCCACUUCCCUGUGUCCCCCAGACCUUCAGGAGUACGCUGGGCAACACUCUGAGAGUGUGUGGUGUGUCUGACGCCGUUGGGGUGCCAUGGCUCUGGUUCAUGCAUUACCUGUGACCGUGACUGACCACCCCAAUCCAGGUCUUGACGUCCAGCCGCUAUCAUCCCACUCCCCCUCAGGCCCCUGCCCUGACCCCUGUGGGCCCUGCAGUUCCAGGACAGCCAUGGGUUCUGUCAGCAGCCUCAUAUCAGGCCGGACGUAUCAGGAGAGACACUGCCGGGCCGCCAGCGAAUUCACCACCAAGUCACGCCGCUCCACGCCCGCAACCAGCUGCUUCCGGCUCCCGGAUAACACCCUGCGUAGUGGGAGCUCCCUGGAGCAGCUGCUGGUUAUCAGCAACCAAACACUUCCCCAGGCCGAGGUUCUGCCUCCACCGCUGCCCACCAAGAAGCAGCCCCGGCCGGGUAACUCUACUGGGCCAAGCAGUGGAACGGUGGCUGUAGCAGUAGGUGGUGGCACUAAUGGGAAUUUUGGGUAUGUGAGCGACAAGGUAGUGGUUGGAGACUGGAACGACAACCUGGUGCUAUCAACUGCAAGCCCCUGCAGUGACUCGGAGGACCAAAAAGACAACAGGACUCUGAAUGGCAACAUUGGAGGGCCUCCUCCCAAACUCAUCCCAGUGUCCGGACAGUUAGAAAAGAACAUGGAGAAAGUGCUGAUCCGUCCUACAGCGUUCAAACCUGUCAUUCCCAAGAACCGCCACUCUGUCCUGUACUUGUCACCACGGCCAGGGGGCAGCAGUCUGUCUGAGAGCCAGGCCAGCCUCAACCUCCUGCUGCCCCUCGGGGGAUCCAGCAGCACCAGUGGCACAAACGUCAUUGGAGGGAACGGCAAUUCCAGCACUGACGGAAAGCGCAACUCCUACAGCGGAGGUCGCAAUGCUCAGAGCAGCCAGUCCUGCUCCAUGUCAGAUUCAGGGAGGAACUCCCUCUCCAGCCUCCCUACUCACAGCAGCACAGGCUACAGUCUGGCACCCAGUGAGGGCUCAAGCUCCGGAUCUGGCUCCGGCGGCCAGAUUGAGCCCGUGCCAGGCCUGGUCCGAAACACUUCCGCUGCAAGUGGGAGCCACGGCCAUACAAACUCAGAUAGUGGACGCUCCUCAUCCAGCAAGAGCACAGGAUCAGGGUCGCUAAGUGGGCGCGGGCAGCCCCUGUCGGACAGCGGGUCCUGUGGCCGCUCGUCGCCACCUGUGGAGGGCUACGAGGCGGUGGUAAGGGAGCUGGAGGAGAAGCUGAGGGAACGAGACUUGGAGCUCCAGCAGCUCCGGGAAAAUCUGGAUGAGAAUGAAGCUGCCAUCUGCCAGGUAUAUGAGGAGAAGCAGCGUCGCUGUGAAAAAGAGAUGGAGGAGCUGAGACAGAGCUGUGCAACAAAGAUGAAGCAGGCUUCUCAGAAGGCCCAGAGGGCACAGCAGGUGCUACAGUUACAGGUAUUUCAACUACAGCAAGAAAAAAAGAAGCUGCAGGAGGACUUCUCUUCUCUGCUGCAGGACAGAGAGAUGCUGGAAAGGAGGUGUGCCACCAUCCAGAGGGAGCAGACCCAGCUGGGGCCACGCCUGGAAGAAACAAAGUGGGAGGUAUGUCAGAAGUCAGGAGAGAUCUCUCUCCUGAAGCAGCAGCUAAAGGAGAUCCAGUCAGAGCUCAGCCAGAAGGCUGGAGACAUUGUGGUGCUAAAGGCCCAGCUGAGAGAAGCCCGUUCUGAACUCCAAGCCAGCCAGGCUCGAUCCCACGAGGCCGGGACGGCCCUGCGGACGCGAUCUCUGGAGUUGGAAGUCUGUGAAAAUGAACUCCAGAGGCGCAAGAGUGAAGCUGAGCUGCUCCGGGAGAAAGUGGGCCGUUUGGAAGAGGAGUCUGCCCGUCUCCGUGACACUCUGUCCAAUCACAGUGGACACUCUCUACCUGGAAAUCUAAGCAUGAAGGGGCAGUGCAUGAGCCUCUCACUCCAACAGGGUAGAGUUAUGGCAGGGAGGAGGGGUCCCAGUCCUUCUUUGUAUCGGGAUACAGAAGAGACUCAUGUGGUCUGGGGAGGGGACAGUGAUGAAGCCAAGGCUCAGAGGCAGAAUGCAGAAGCAGUGUUGGGAUUCAGACAGCAGGUGGACAGGCUGAAGGCUGAACUCAUGUACGAGAGGAGGACUAGUGAGGAGCAAUUGUCACGGUUUGAGGAUGAGAGGAGGGUGUGGCAGGAGGAGAAGGAAAAGGUAAUUCGCUACCAGAAACAGCUGCAGCAGAACUACAUCCAGAUGUACCGUCGAAACCGGGACCUAGAACGAGUGAUGAGGGAGCUGAGUCUGGAGCUGGAGAACAGGGACAUGGAGGACUGUGAGGUUCACAGUGGCAGCAACGACAUCCACUUUGAGGAAAUCACUGCCACUGAAAUCUAAAAACACACACACACACACACAUACACUUACACACUUAGAGUACACACACAGUAGUAUGUUCACAGAAACAUGGAAACACAACUCACAAAAGACUCUGAGGAUGUAAACCAAACAUUGAACUCCAGGCCAAAUACUGCACUAUUUUCAACAUGGCUUUCCCUGGACAACUAAGAGAGAACUCAUCCCUUGUCACUCUCAAAAGGGAGAUCUCCCAAUGUGCAUUUUUACUACAAUAAAUCCCUAUAAGGUGUCCCUUCUGGCGCUUUUAACAGGUUUUAUUCCACUACAAAGCCAGCACAAAGACUUAUUUCCUUCUGUGGGAGCAAAAUCAGUGAAGAAAUUGUUUCUUCCUCAAACCACAUUCAUAUCAGGGUAUCAAUAAUCGUCGGGAACGUAAAGCAAACAUUUUUACUAAAGGCACAGCAGUCUGUUUAAAGUGCAGUCACACCUUUCUCAGUAGCACACAAGGUUAAACACCAAGCCACCAGCAUGCAGGUAAUGAUGCAUCAUGACAGCAGUCCCAUCAACACCGCCACUACUGGCUAUUACUGAUGAUCUCAUCACCCCAACAGCUGCACUAGUCCUCCAAGUGAAUGCUGAAGGGAAAAUAACACCAACUAUUACAACAUCUGCCGGUGUUCAGAGAAUCAGCAGUUCAUAAAAGGAUGAUAAUAUUUUUGUUCUUGUGCUCUAUUUUCUCAGCAGAGUGUAUUUGAAAAAGAAUGUAUUGUUACUGUUAUCACUCCAGAGAAAUGCAGUAUAAAUGGUCAUCACUGACAUUUAAAGAAUCUGCUCACCAAGGCAAAAAUGGUAUCGUUUUGCACAACAUUUCGAGAUCCACGUUCCUGUGGAGUAAAUCAUCAGACUUCCACAAACCAGUAUUGACAUUCACAUGUGGACAUCCUAAUCUCUCUUUCCCCAAACCACAAGGACACAGAAACCAAAUGCCUGAAGGUUAGCUGCUUAUGUAUGUAUGUGCUUAUGUUUUCUAGACCACCAACAGUCAUGCUGGUGCACUCGACCAAUGUGUCAACUCAUUCAGACAACGCAGCAAGCUCUGACAUAAACAUUUACAUUUUUGAAUUAUGUAGCACUUGGAAGCACUUGGACUGUAGCAUGGGUGAUAUCACCAGGAUGCUGCUGAUUCUCCUUUUCUCUUUCUAUUUCUGCCUGUGUCUCUAUGUCUGCUCUCUCUUUCCAUCUCUGUCUCUGCUUCUUACUCAACUAUUUUUAUAACAGUCAGUAUCAGGAAACUAAAAAUGGAGCAUAUUUUUUCAGUUUGGUUGUCACAAGAGAUUUAAGGCAUGCUAUGUCAGAGUUUCCGUUUAUUCUUCUUCAUUCCCAUUAGUGCUCUUUAUUUAGCUUUUGGCAGCCCAAAGCCAAAAAACACUUUUAAAGUCUUCUAGUCUCCCCGAGACUAUAAUCUUCACUGACUGCUAUACAGGUAGCAAGACUGGCAUCUCUGCAUGUCUUUGUUAUAUCAGAUUUCACAAGAAGCCAGUUCACAUAGUGGUGAGAUGAGAAUUUUUCAGAUCCAGUAGCUCCAGCUUUGAAUGUCCUUAUGGCAGGUUGGCCAUUAAAGCCCUAAAUAUAAACCGAUUGGGAGCAUGUAAACAUUUGAAGCUGUUUUCUCACAGUAUAUGCAGGGCUUUGUAUAACACUGAGCAUGGCGGGUGUCUUUGGGGAAAAAAUAGUGGGCUGAGAACUUUUAUUUUAGAAAGAGUCUAUAUCAAGGAAUAAUAAUUAAAAGGAAAUCUAUAUAAUGGAGGAGAUGUUGUAUAUUUUUAUAAAUAUAUAUAGCACCUGAAGAUAUUUUGUUGUAGUACUGAUAUAAAUAUGGGUUUAAUAUACAAAAUAAAAAGGACACAUAUAUAUAUAUAUAUAUAUAUAUAUAUAUAUAUAUAUAUAUAUAUAUAUCUCAAAUGAUGGAUCAGUUACAAAUGGAGGCAGCAGCAUAGAGUGCACCUAAUAUGUAAUGCAUGAAAAUUAUUUUUACGUUAUAUAAUCUGUGUGACACAAAAAGCUUUGCAGCUGCUAAAACAAUCGGGAGCUUUUGUUUUAGGCACAAUUUUGUCUCCAUUUUGAUUGAUCUGUCAUUUGAUCUUCAGUAUCAUAAUAUCGAACCAAUUUACGUCUUCAUUGUUGGGUUUCGUGCACGUUGAUAGUUUAUAAAA